AUGCGCUGCACAACACUCUUCGUCGCCCUCAUGGCCGCGGCUACGGUCAGUGCCGAUGACAAGGGCAAUAACGCACAAGGCAAAGACGUCGCCUCAGGCCAACAAGGCGCCGCCCCAGGUCAAGCAGGUGCCGACAACGGUCAGUGGCACGGAGAUGGCCAGCAAGGUCAGAAUGGUCAGUGGAACCAGAACGGCCAGCCCGGUCAGAACAACCAGAAUGGCCAGCCCGGUCAGAAUGGUCAAUGGAACCAGAACGGCCAGAACGGCCAGAACGGCCAGAACGGCCAGUGGAACCAGAAUGGUCAGAACGGCCAGAAUGGGCAAAACUACGGGGCUGGCUACGGCCAGAACAACAACAACAACGGUCAAAAUGGCAACGACCGAAACUGCAACGACCAAAAUGACCGCAACUGCAAAGACCCGAACCAUGACAACGAUUGGCGCGACGGAGAUGGGCGCGACCAGCCAUACUGCCGUGACGACAACGAUCGCAACUGCAGAGACUCGAGCGGAAACUGGCGCAACGCUGCUGGUGCUCUUACGGUUCCUAUGUUCUACGCUGGAGGUGCGGUCUUCUUGGUGUUGGCGGCGAUGUGA